UUUACAUCUUCUCUGUGCAUGUGCUGGGGGGGGGAAAGAUGUUCGCUCUUGCGCGCUGUGAUACAUCGUGCAGACUGUAGUUUUUCUGUAGCAGUGUUUUUCAGCGAAAACAUCCCUUUUCGUUCGACCUCCCCGUGUCUCUCUGGUCGCGUUUGGUUGGUAGGGUCCUCGGCAGUUACACAUGUGUGCCUGUCACUUCCAGAUCGUUCAUCUCGGGAGUCCUCGCUUUCUCUCCGCUGGCCCCCCUUUUUUAAAUUGGUUCGACGGUAUCCAGUCUUUGCGCUUUGAUAUCCUUCUACAUCCUCCUACCUUGUUCUCGGCGGUUGCUUCAUUCCGUGCACAGAAAGCCCUUGGACAAUCGCGCUGAAAUAACAGGAGUGAGAAGUGCGUUGUGGGAAGACUUGUUUUGUUGCCCACUCGUUCAUUAAGGAGCCUCGUUGUGUUACAGAGAAGUUCGGGCAUCUUUCGGUGAAGUUUUGCUACGAUUCUGGACAACGGGAUGCUGAAUGCGAUUGCACCAGGUAGCCCCUGAGCCGGAGACUGGGCGGAGUCUGCAGCGCUGAGCCCCCGAGACACGCAGGUUUUUGGACACAGCGAUGCCCGCAGUAUGGAUGUGAAGGAACGCAGGCCGUACUGCUCCCUCACCAAGGGCAGGCGCGACAAAGAGCGCCGCUACACCAGCUCCUCGGGAGAGAGCGAGGAGUGCCGCGUCCCCACCCAGAAGUCCUACAGCUCCAGCGAGACGCUGAAGGCCUUCGACCACGACUCCUCCCGCCUGCUGUACGGCAGCCGCGUGAAGGACACCGUCCACAGGGAGGCGGACGAGUACACCAGGCCAGCGGGGCAGAACUUUAACCUGAGGCAGCUGGGGAUAUGUGAGCCGGCCGCCCGCCGGGGCCUGGCCUUCUGCGCCGAGAUGGGCCUCCCGCACCGCGGCUACACGGCCGGCUCGGAGCCCGACCCCGAGAGCGAGGCCGUCAUGUCCCCCGAGCACGCCAUGCGCCUGUGGGGCCGCGGCGUCAAGGCGGGCCGCAACUCCUGCCUGUCCAGCCGCUCCAACUCGGCCCUCACCCUCACCGACACGGAGCACGACAACAAGUCCGACAGCGAGAACGGUUCUCCCAUGCCAUCCUCUCUGUCCGGUCCAUCCCCCGUCACAGAGCAUGCACAUUCUCAACCUCCAUCACCCAAUCUCCAUGACAACCAGCGGCCGUUGCUAAGUACUGACACCGCCCGGCCGGUUCAUGACUGUGACUGGGACGAGGAGUACACAGCCGGGCUGUAUGUACCCGUAAAUCAGGCCAGCCAGGCGGGAGCCUCUAAUGAACAACCGUCCAAUCAUCACCAAGGACAGCCCGUGCUGCCGCCCGUCCCGCCCCCCCACAAGCAGCAGCCGUCCGUCACCGCCCUCAAUCACAACUCGCUGACCAAUCGGAGGAACCAGAGCCCGGCACCGCCGGCCGGCCUGCCCGCCGAACUGCAAACCACACCCGAGUCCGUCCCGCUGCAGGACAGCUGGGUCCUGGGCAGCAAUGUGCCUCUGGAGAGCAGGCACUUCCUCUUUAAGACAGGCACCGGUACGACCCCUCUCUUCAGCACGGCGACCCCCGGCUACACCAUGGCGACCGGCGCCGUGUACUCCCCGCCCACCCGACCCCUGCCGCGGAACUCCCUCUCCAGGAGCGCCUUCAAGUUCAAGAAGUCCUCCAAGUACUGCUCCUGGAGAUGCACCGCUCUGAGCGCCGUGGGCGUGUCCAUCCUGCUGUCCGUCCUGCUCUGCUACUGCAUAGCGAUGCGCCUCUUUGGGCUGAACUGGCAGCUGCAGGACACUGAGAACAUUGCCUUUGAGAAUGGGCAGGUGAAGCCUGAGGCCACACCCACCAACUCAGUGACUGCACUGUCAGCCGACAGCGGGAAGCUGGGCAUAUUCCUGCAAGAGAACAACACCAUCGACACGGGGGAGGUGGAUGUGGGGAGGCGUGCGGUGCAGGAGGUGCCCCCUGGCGUGUUCUGGCGCUCUCAGCUCUACAUCGACCAGCCGCAGUUCCUCAAGUUCAACAUCUCCGUGCAGAAGGACGCGCUGGUGGGCGUGUACGGCCGGAAAGGCCUGCCCCCCUCACACACACAGUAUGACUUUGUGGAACUGCUGGAUGGCAGCCGUCUCAUAGCCAAGGAGAAGCGUGCGCUGAUGGAGUCGGAGAGCGGAGGUCGAAGGGCGCGCUCGAUCAAUGUGCACGAGGCCGGCUUCAUCCAGUACCUGGACUCCGGCGUCUGGCACCUGGCCUUCUACAACGACGGGAAGAACAUCGAGCAGGUCUCCUACAACACCAUCGUCAUCGACUCCAUCAUGGAGUGUCCUCACAAUUGCCAUGGAAACGGAGACUGCCUCUCCGGAACGUGUCACUGUUUCGCAGGGUUCCUUGGGCCCGACUGCUCGAGAGCCGCCUGCCCCGUGCUGUGCAGCGGGAACGGGCAGUACUCCAGGGGGCGCUGUCUGUGCUUCAGCGGGUGGAAGGGCACGGAGUGCGACGUGCCCAACACGCAGUGCAUCGACACGCACUGCGGGGGCCACGGCAUCUGCAUCACGGGCUCCUGCGCCUGCAACGCCGGCUACAAGGGCGACAACUGCGAGGACGUGGACUGUUUGGACCCGUCGUGUUCGGCUCAUGGGAUCUGCAUCCACGGGGAGUGCCACUGUAACCCGGGCUGGGGCGGGACCAGCUGUGAGGCUCUGAAGACCAUGUGUCCGGACCAGUGUUCUGGCCACGGCACCCACCACAGCGAGAGCGGAACCUGCACCUGCGAUGCCAACUGGACCGGGCCGGACUGCUCCGUCGAGGUGUGUUCGGUGGACUGCGGGUCACACGGUGUGUGUAUCGGCGGUGUGUGUCGGUGUGAGGAGGGCUGGACCGGCUCUGUGUGUGACCAGAAGUCCUGCCACUCUCGCUGCGCCGAGCACGGAACCUGCAAGGAGGGGAAGUGUGAGUGCAGCCAGGGCUGGACCGGAGAGCACUGCACCAUCGCUCAUUAUCUGGAUAGGAGGGUUAAAGAGGGCUGCCCUGGGUUGUGCAACAGCAACGGGAGGUGUACCCUGGACCAGAACGGCUGGCACUGCGUCUGCCAGUCCGGCUGGAGAGGGGUGGGCUGUGACGUCGCCAUGGAGACCCUCUGUGCAGACGGCAAGGACAACGAGGGAGACGGGCUGGUGGACUGCAUGGACCCGGACUGCUGCCUGCAGAGCUCCUGUCAGAACCAGCCCUACUGCCGCGGAGCGCCCAACCCCGCCGACAUCAUCGGGCAGAGCCAGCAGGCCCCGCCCCAGCAGGCCGCCCGCUCCUUCUACCAGCGGGUCAGCUUCCUGGCCGGGCCCAGCAGCUGCCACGUCAUCUCCGGGGACAACCCCUUCAACAAGAGCCUGGUGUCCAUCAUUCGGGGGCAGGUUCUGACGGCAGACGGGACGCCCCUCAUUGGGGUGAACGUGUCCUUCGUGCACUACCCGGACCACGGAUACACCAUCACACGCCAGGACGGCAUGUUCGACCUGCUGGCCAACGGGGGCGCCUCGCUGACCCUGAGCUUCGAGCGCUCGCCCUUCCUCACGCAGUUCCGCACCGUGUGGAUCCCCUGGAACGUCUUCUACGUGAUGGACACGCUGGUGAUGAAGAAGGAGGAGAACGACAUCCCCAGCUGUGACCUGAGUGGCUUCGUCCGGCCCAGCCCCCUCAUCGUGUCCUCUCCGCUGUCCACCUUCUUCAGGUCCUCCCCCGAGGACAGCCCCAUCGUGCCCGAGACACAGGUCCUGCAGGAGGAGACAGCCAUCCCAGGGAGUGACCUCAACCUGCUGUACCUGAGCUCCAGGGCAGCUGGCUACAAGCCCAUCCUGAAGGUGAUCAUGACCCAGGCCAACAUCCCCUUCAACCUGAUGAAGGUCCACCUCAUGGUGGCUGUGGUGGGCCGGCUGUUUCAAAAGUGGUUCCCCGCCUCCCCAAACCUGUCAUACACCUUCAUAUGGGACAAGACCGACGCCUACAAUCAGAAGGUCUACGGUCUGUCAGAAGCUGUGGUGUCUGUGGGCUUUGAGUAUGAAUCGUGCCUGGACCUGAUUCUGUGGGAGAAGAGGACGGCCAUUUUGCAGGGAUACGAGCUUGAUGCCUCCAACAUGGGAGGUUGGACCUUGGGCAGACACCACGUGCUGGACGUACAGAACGGUAUCCUGUACAAGGGCAGCGGGGAGAACCAGUUCAUCUCGCUGCAGCCGCCGGUGAUCGGCACCAUCAUGGGAAACGGGCGUCGGCGCAGCAUCUCCUGCCCCAGCUGCAACGGCCAGGCGGACGGCAACAAGCUGCUGGCCCCCGUGGCCCUGGCCUGCGGCAUCGACGGCAGCCUCUACGUCGGCGACUUCAACUACGUCAGGCGCAUCUUCCCCUCCGGGAACGUCAGCAGCGUGAUGGAGCUGAGAAAUAAAGAUUUCAGACAUAGUAACAACCCGGCGCACAGGUACUACCUGGCAACGGACCCGGUGACGGGGCAGCUGUACGUGUCGGACACCAACUCCCGGCGGAUCUACAAGCCCAAAUCGCUGACGGGGGCCAAGGACCUGCUGCAGAACACAGAGGUGGUGGCCGGCACGGGCGAGCAGUGCCUGCCCUUCGACGAGGCGCGGUGCGGGGACGGGGGCAAAGCCACCGAGGCCCUGCUCAUGGGCCCCAAAGGCAUCGCGGUGGACAAGAACGGAUUCAUCUACUUCGUCGACGGGACGAUGAUCCGGAAGGUGGACCAGAACGGCAUCAUUUCCACCCUGCUGGGAUCCAAUGACCUCACUUCCGCCCGCCCUCUGACCUGUGACACCAGCAUGCAUAUCCGUCAGGUCCGUCUGGAGUGGCCCACCGACCUGGCCAUAAACCCCAUGGACAACUCCAUCUUCGUGCUGGACAACAACGUGGUGCUGCAGAUCACGGAGAACCGGCAGGUGCGCAUCGUGGCCGGGCGGCCCAUGCACUGCCAGGUGCCGGGCAUCGAGUACGCCAUGGGCAAGCGCGCGGUGCAGACCACGCUCGAGUCAGCCAGCGCCAUCGCCGUGUCCUACAGCGGCGUGCUCUACAUCGCCGAGACGGACGAGAAGAAGAUCAACCGCAUCCGGCAGGUGUCCACGGACGGCGAGAUCGCCCACCUGGCAGGCGUGCCCUCCGAGUGCGACUGCAAGAACGACGCCAACUGCGACUGCUACCAGACGGGCGAUGGCUACGCCAAGGACGCCAAGCUCAACGCCCCGUCCUCCAUGGUGGUGUCUCCGGACGGGACCCUGUACGUGGCCGACCUGGGCAACAUCCGCAUCCGCGCCGUCUACCGCAACAAGCCCCCGCUCAACUCGGCCGGCCUCUACGAGGUAGCUUCCCCCGCGGCUCAGGAGCUGUACGUCUUCGACGUCAACGGCACGCACCAGUACACCAUGAGCCUGGUGACGGGCGACUACAAGUACAACUUCAGCUACAGCAACGAGAACGACAUCACGGCCGUGACGGACAGCAGCGGCAACACGCUGCGCAUACGCCGCGAUCCCAACCGCAUGCCCGUCCGCAUCGUCUCCCCCGACAACCAGGUCAUCUGGCUGACCAUCGGCACCAACGGGGGGCUCAAGUCCCUCACCGCCCAGGGCCAGGAGCUGGUCCUCUUCACCUACCACGGGAGCAGCGGCCUGCUGGCCACCAAGAGCAUCCAGAUCGGCUGGACCACCUUCUUUGACUACGACAGCGAGGGCCGACUCACCAACGUGACCUUCCCCACGGGGGUGGUGACCAAUCUCCACGGUGACAUGGAGAGGGCUGUCACCGUGGACAUCGAGACCUCUGGGAGAGAGGAGGACGUGAGCAUCACCACCAACCUCUCCUCCAUCGACUCCUUCUACACCCUUGUCCAAGACCAAUUACGGAACAGCUUCCAGGUUGGCUAUGACAACUCCCUAAGGGUCAUCUACGCCAACGGGAUGGACUCGCACUACCAGACGGAGCCUCACAUCCUGGCUGGGGCCGCCAACCCCACCGUGGCCCGCCGCAACAUGACGCUGCCCGGCGAGAACGGCCAGAACCUGGUGGAGUGGCGCUUCCGCAAGGAGCAGACCCGCGGCAAGGUCAUCGUGUUCGGGAGAAAGCUCCGGGUGAACGGCAGGAAUCUGCUUUCUGUGGACUACGACCGGACCCUGCGGACGGAGAAGAUAUACGAUGACCACCGUAAGUUCCUGCUGAAGAUCAUCUACGACAGCGCUGGCCACCCGGCCCUCUGGGUGCCCAGCAGCAAGCUGAUGUCUGUCAACCUCACCUACUCCGCCACCGGGCAAGUGACCAGCCUCCAGAGAGGCCCCACCACAGAGAGGGUGGAGUAUGACAGCCAGGGCCGAAUCACCUCCAGGGCCUUUGCUGACGGGAAGACCUGGAGCUACACCUACCUGGAGAGAUCCAUGGUGCUGCUGCUGCACAGCCAGCGGCAGUACAUCUUCGACUACGACCUGCAGGACCGGCUGUCAGCUAUCACCAUGCCCAGCGUGGCCCGCCACACCAUGCAGACCAUCCGCUCCAUCGGGUACUACCGCAACAUUUACAACCCGCCCGAGAGCAACGCCUCUGUGGCCGUGGACUACAGCGAGGACGGGCAGCUGGUGCAGGUGGCCCACUUGGGCACGGGGCGGCGGGUUCUGUACAAGUACCGGCGGCAGAACAAGCUGUCGGAGAUCCUGUACGACAGCACGCGGGUGAGCUUCACCUACGACGAGACGGCCGGGGUCCUCAAGACGGUCAACCUGCAGAGCGAGGGCUUCAUCUGCACCAUCCGGUACCGGCAGAUCGGGCCGCUCGUGGACCGGCAGAUCUUCCGCUUCAGCGAGGACGGGAUGGUGAACGCCCGCUUCGACUACACCUACGACAACAGCUUCCGCGUCACCAGCAUGCAGGGGGUCAUCAACGAGACGCCCCUGCCCAUCGACCUCUACCAGUUCGACGACAUCUCCGGGAAGGUGGAGCAGUUCGGCAAGUUCGGCGUCAUCUACUACGACAUCAACCAGAUCAUCUCCACCGCCGUCAUGACCUACACCAAGCACUUCGACGUCCACGGGCGCAUCAAGGAGAUCCAGUACGAAAUCUUCCGCUCGCUCAUGUACUGGAUCACCAUCCAGUACGACAACAUGGGCCGCGUCACCAAGAGGGAGAUCAAGAUAGGACCCUUCGCCAACACCACCAAGUACGGCUACGAGUACGACGUGGACGGCCAGCUGCAGACCGUCUACCUGAACGAGAAGAUCAUGUGGCGCUACAACUAUGACCUGAACGGGAACCUCCACCUGCUGAACCCCAGCAACAGCAACCGGCUGACGCCGCUACGCUACGACCUGCGCGACCGCAUCACCAGGCUGGGCGACGUGCAGUACCGCAUGGACGAGGACGGUUUCCUGCGCCAGAGGGGCGCCGAGAUCUUCGAGUACAACUCCAAGGGCCUGCUGGUGAGGGUCUACAGCAAGGGCAAUGGCUGGACCAUCCAGUACCGCUACGACGGGCUGGGCAGGAGGGUGGCGGCCCGGACCAGCCUGGGGCAGCACCUGCAGUACUUCUACGCCGACCUGAACUACCCCACCCGCAUCACGCACGUGUACAACCACUCCAGCUCCGAGAUCACCUCGCUCUACUACGACCUGCAGGGACACCUCUUCGCCAUGGAGAUCAGCAGCGGGGACGAGUUCUACAUCGCCUGCGACAACACGGGCACGCCGCUGGCCGUCUUCAGCAGCAACGGCCUGCUGCUGAAGCAGGUGCAGUACACGGCCUACGGGGAGAUCUACUUCGACUCCAACCCCGAUUUUCAGCUGGUGGUGGGCUUCCACGGCGGCCUGUACGACCCGCUCACCAAGCUGCUGCACUUUGGGGAGCGGGACUACGACAUCCUGGCGGGACGCUGGACCACCCCGGACAUCACCACUUGGAAGAGGGUGGGGAGGGACCCCGCCCCGUUCAACCUGUACAUGUUCAGGAACAACAACCCCAUCAGCAAAAUACAAAAAGUGGAAGAGUAUGUCACGGAUGUGAACACCUGGCUGGUAACGUUUGGGUUCCAUCUCCACAAUGCCAUUCCAGGCUUCCCCAUCCCCAAGUUCGAUCUGACCGAGCCAUCCCUGGAGCUUAAGAAGAGCCAGCUGUGGGACGACCUACCAUCUAUCUCUGGGGUGCAGCAGGAAGUGACCCGCCAGGCCAAGGCCUUCCUGUCGUUCGAGAGGCCUCCGCUGGUGCAGAUGGGCAGGCGGCGGGCAGUCCGGGACAAGUCGUGGCUGUGGUUCUCCACCGCCAAGUCCCUGAUCGGCAAGGGCGUGAUGAUGGCCGUCAGCCAGGGCCGCGUCACCACCAACGCCCUCAACAUCGCCAACGAGGACUGCAUCAAGGUGGCGGCCGUCCUCAACAACGCCUUCUACCUGGAGGACCUGCACUUCACGGUGGAGGGCCGCGACACGCACUACUUCAUCAAGACCAGCCUGCCGGAGACCGACCUGGGCACCCUGCGGCUCACCAGCGGGCACAAGUCCCUGGAGAACGGCGUCAACGUGAGCGUGUCGCAGUCCACCACGGUGGUGAACGGCAGGACGCGGCGCUUCGCCGACGUGGAGCUGCAGCACGGCGCGCUGGCGCUACACGUGCGCUACGGCAUGACCCUGGACGAGGAGAAGGCCCGCGUGCUGGAGCAGGCCCGCCAGAGGGCGCUGUCGCGCGCCUGGGCCCGGGAGCAGCAGCGCGUGCGUGACGGAGAGGAGGGCGCCCGCCUGUGGACGGAGGGGGAGAAGCGGCAGCUGCUGAGCAGCGGGAAGGUCCUGGGCUACGACGGCUACUACGUCCUGUCGGUGGAGCAGUACCCGGAGCUAGCGGACAGCGCUAAUAACAUUCAGUUCCUGAGGCAGAGCGAGAUAGGGAAAAGGUAA